AUGGGGACCAACUGUAUCGUAGCUGACCGCAACUGUGAAGAGAUUUGUAGUCCUGAAGCGGUGGUGCGUCUCCUUGACAAGAUGUAUGAACUACUAGAAAUGGAGGCACCGACUGCUCUUAUUUCUGUAACGGUACCAGCGGACGGGCGGUUAGUUGUAGUUGGUGACACUCAUGGACAGCUGGAGGAUGUCUUGUGGAUGCUGUUCAAACAUGGGGUACCUAACAAGAAUAACGUAUACCUUUUCAAUGGUGACAUUGCUGAUCGCGGAGGCCAUGCUUUGGAGAUCUUCAUACUUUUAUUCCUAUUCAAGUUGCUGUGUCCGCAAAGUGUGUACAUUCUCCGUGGUAAUCACGAGGACGACUACUGUAACUUGAAUUACGGCUUCCUUGCUGAGCUCAGACAUAAAUUUGGCCAAGUUGAAGGUGGUCGUAUGCACAGGGAUUUCCUAAGAGUACAGGCCCGGUGGGAGGCCUUUGCUCGAAUCUGCAUCGUUUCAGGUCUUCUACA